UUGCUUGUUUCCCAGCUCUUUGAAAUAUUCACAAUCUUAAAGUAUGUUGAUCUUGAUUUACAAAGCACGGCAGAAAUCGAAGAGAAUAUAAUUUCGUAUUUUGGAGAGUAUUUUCGUAUUUUGUGCAACAAUCCAAAGACAUUUGAUUUUCUUGGGAGUUUUUUGAACACCUUACCAGAGCCAAAACAGCUCGAACUAAUGAGACACUUCUUUAUUAACUGCCACCAGCUCAGAAAUGAUGCUCUUUUAUUUAACUUUCUUGAUAAAAACAUCGGCAAAAUACCUGUGAAUGACUCACUUAUUAACCCAAGCUUGUGGAGUUGCAGCGCAGGUUGUCUGCUGGGGCUUUUUCUUGUUCUGAAAAACAACAAGAUUCUAGAAGCAGUUUUGAAUUCAUUUUUAAAUUCAGAAAUCUUUGACUGUGAAUACUUGCACAGAUUUGUUGACAUCCUUGCAUCGCUGUGCAACGAUAAGCAAAAAGCUGAAGUCAAGAAGAAGCUUAAGAGUGCCAAAAUCUUCCAUCCUGAAGACGCACCACUACAAAAAUAA